CUCGCUGCCGCCGCCGCCGCCCUGCCCGUCCUCCGAGACCUGUAUGGUAGACAUCCUGUCCACUUGCAGCCAAGCCUGGACUACGCACUGGGCGGAGCUCUCGGAGACUUAAUCUGGACCCGUAGCUUCCGGCAGCGCAUCCUAAUAAUCGGAAGUCUCCUGCGGACCUUGGCGGAGGCGGGGUUCCCGUUAUGAUUGACCAUUCUUUGGAACAAGAUCUUAGAACUACAGUCCAGAGCCUCAAGCCUAAACUUAGUUGGAACUUGAGAGGCUGAGAGCCUUCUGGACAGCAGCCUCAAAAGGAGAGCACUUUGACCUCAGCAUCUAGUCUUUCAUCUCCCCCAUGGCCUCAACAAUACUGAAUGAACUCCUGAUUGAGGACCCAACCCCACCCAUGCUGCUGUACCAGGUUAGCAAGACUGCCCAGUUGGUUACUCUCAACUACCAGAGCUGCUAUAUGCAGGAAGUGUUUGCCCGUUUCCCCGAAAUCUUAUUUAUCCACCGGACCUAUAACCCAAGGGGCAAGGUCUUAUACACCUUCCUGGUAGAUGGACCUCGGGUACAGCUGGAGGGUCACUUUGCCCGGGCAGUCUACUUCGCCAUCCCUGCCAAGGAGGAUGCUGAAGGCCUGGCCCAGAUGUUCCAGGUGUUCAAGAAAUUUAACCCAGCAUGGGAGAGAGUUUGUACCAUCCUGGUAGAUCCUCACUUCCUCCCAUUGCCCACCCUGGCCAUGGAGUUCCCUGCAGCUGAGGUCCUGCUCUCAGCCUUCCACAUCUGUAAGUUCCUCCAGGGCAAAUUCUAUCAACUGUCCCUCAAACGGCCAGUGGAGAGGCUGCUCCUGACCACCCUGCGGAACACAAUGUGCUCAGCCACAGCAGGCAACCUGAAGAAGCUGUAUACUCUCUUAAGCAACUGGAUCCCCUCUACCCAGCUGUCUGAGCUCCAUUUACACUGGCUGCUCUACGACCGCAUCUGGUUGGCUCACCGCUGGAGAAGCCGAGCUGAGAGCAGCCGCUACUUCCAGGGCUUGGAGGUCAUCACCCGUAUCCUCAGCCAGUUCUUCAGCACCACCCCAUCUGUGGAACCAAGCUUGGCCUCCCUGCUCCGAUACAUACAGCAGAACUCCGGAGACAGGGCAGGUUUCAGCCUGGGUCUGAGUCCCCAGAACAGUCUCACUCCCUCAAAUGCCAUCACCGAAAGCCCUAAAGUGGAGCAGUUGGUUGAAGCCCAUAUCCAGCACUCCCUCAAUGCCAUCUGCACAGGGCCAGCAGCCCAGCUCUGCCUGGGCGAGCUUGCUGUGGUCCAGAAAUCCAUGCACCUCAUCGGCUCUGGCUCAGAAAAGGUGAACAUACAGAUCCUGGAGGACACCCACAGGGUACAGCCCCAGCCCCCUGCCACCUGCAGCUGCUACUUUAACCAGGCCUUCCACCUGCCCUGCCGCCACAUCCUAGCCAUGCUCAGUGCUCGCCAUCAGGUGCUACAGCCCAACAUGCUGCCAGCUCAGUGGAAAGCAGGCUCUGCUGCCAGUCUAGAGGGCAUCCUGGGCAGCAGGUGGAGUGAGGCCUUGGAUAAGCACCUGGCAGUGGCUUUCCUCACUGAGGAAGUGGGUCAGCUCUUACAGCAUUGCAGCCAGGAGGAGUUUGAGCGGCGGUACAGCACCCUGCGGGAACUGGCCGACAGUUGGAUUGGCCCUUAUGAGCAGGUCCAACUCUGAUUACUCUCAAUGCCCAAAUAUGCUCAUGCACUUGUACACACUUACUUCCACCCUUGCACACACACACACACACUCCCACAGCCCCUGUUGUAUUUCCCUGGCCUUCCUUGCAGGAAAGGAAAGACAAAGCUCUUCUGCUUCACUACCUAGAAUGUGUCUGGUUUCCCAAAGCAGGAGUCAGCAAGGUUUUUCUGUAAAGGGCCAGAUACAAGUAAUAAAUAUUUUAGGCUUUGCUGG